AUGCCUGAUUCGGCGUCCAACGCUAAGGAUGUUGACGAUGAGGAAAAGCAACCGCAAAAUGAGGCGAAAGAAGCCGUCAACUCCAAAGAUUUUACGCUAACUAUCAAGGGUCGUCUCGUAUUCUUCACGCUGGCAGUUUUAACCCUGAUGGUCUCCUUGGAUGGGACGUCGAUUUCUGUCGCUCUUCCGACAAUGGCCCAGGAGCUAGGAGGUAGCGCCAUGGAGGCCUUCUGGAGCGGCACUUCAUUCCUGCUCUGUUCGACGGUGUUUCAACCCAGCACGGCUACCAUGUCGGACAUAUUUGGUCGCCAGCCAGUGAUCCUCAUCUCGCUGGUGUUUUUCUUCGCCGGAGCCCUGGUAGCUGGUUUGGCAAAAAACUUCACCCAGAUUCUUGUUGGACGAUGCAUUCAAGGUGUGGGAGGAGGCGGACUCGCUGUGCUCUCGGAAGUUGUCGUUACGGAUCUGGUGCCACUUCACCUUCGAGGAAACUACUACGGGGUGCUGAGUGCUAUGUACAGUCUGGGGUCGGUGUUAGGGCCUGUUCUAGGUGGCGGGUUUUCCGAGAAUGUGACUUGGAGGUGGAUAUUCUACAUCAACUUUCCGUUUAUUGGAAUCGGCACCAUAUUAGUCCUUUUCUUCUUCCGCCUCACGAUACCGGAAGGGUCCCUCAAGGCCAAGUUCAAGCGGGUUGAUUAUAUUGGGACCAUCCUCUUUGUGGGCAGCAUCUCGUCUUUCCUCAUCCCCCUCUCUUGGGGUGGUGUCAUGUACUCCUGGGGAUCCUGGCGCACGCUGGUCCCCCUGAUAAUCGGGCUCGUCGGUCUCGUGAGCUUCGUUAUAUACGAAUCACUAGCACCACAACCAAUGAUACCACACUCUAUCUUUCAAAACCGGAGUGCCGCGGUUGCGUUUGCAGCUAGCAGCCUACAGGGUCUCAUUCUCUGGGGCGCGCUUUACUAUCUGCCGCUCUACUACCAAGCUGUGCGUGAAUUCGGGCCCAUUCUCACGGGAAUCGCGCUCUUUCCGCAGACAUUCACCGUCGCCCCUUCGGCAAUCAUGUGCGGGAUCAUAAUCACCCUCACGGGCCGCUACCGCUGGGGUCUAUGGGUUGGUUGGGCCCUCUCCGCCGUUGGGCUAGGGCUACUAUGCAUUAUUCGCGUGCAUACGAGCACAGCGGGCUGGAUCCUGCUGAAUAUCCCCAGUGGCUUGGGGCUGGGAAUCUUAACCGCGGCAAUUGUCUGCACUGUUCAAGCGUCUGCGACGAAUAAAAAUCUUACCGUCGCCGUGGCUAUGGUUGUAUUUUUCCGUGCCUUCGGACAGGCCAUCGGUAUCGCGGUAGGAGGAGUUAUUUUCCAGAACCGAAUGCGCCAUGAGUUAUUGCGGUAUCCAGAGUUGGCGCCAGAUGCAGAGAGCCUAAGUCAAGAUGCAGCGGCACUGGUCACGGUGAUUCAAGGAAUGGAAGGUGGCUUGCCCAAGGAGCAUCUAAAACAGGCGUAUACAGAUAGCUUGCGCAUCAUCUGGGCGUGUAUGUGUGGUGUUGCGGCUGUAGGACUUGGAUUGAGUGGAUUCGUGAAGAAGUACGAUUUGAACCGCGCCUUAAAGGGGGAUAUUCGUCUUAAGGAGUGA